UGGUGGAAAGCAGAAGGGUUGGGGAAUCCAGCAGGCUCAGGAUUUUGUGCUCAUCAAGUUCAAUCAGCAAUUAGUCUGCGGGCCAUGCCCGGCACCGGCGCCUGGGACGGGCCUCAGCGGCGGGCCUGGCUCCGGCACUACUACAGCCAGCGGCAGAAGCGCCUCAUGACGCUCCUGAUCGCUCGCCGGAGGAGAACCAGCUGCUACUUCUACCCCCGCGCCUGGCCCGGCGUCAGGGGCGCAGACUGGUGGGAGCGGGUGGUGCUGAAGGAGUUCAGCCCCCGGGACUGGCUGGAGAAGUUCCGGAUGUCCAAGGAGACCUUCUUCUACAUCUGCAACCAGCUGCGUCCUGGGCUGGCUCCACACAGCGCCCACUUCCACCCCACGCUGCCCCUGGAGAAGAGGGUGGCUGUGGCUCUGUGGCACUUGGCCACCAACGUGGAGUACCAAACUCUGAGCCCUCUCUUUGGUGUGGGGCCCUCCACGGUGCAGACUUGUGUGCGGGAGGUGAGCUACGCUGUUGUCUUGCUGCUGAAGCCCCUUUACCUCCGGCUACCCAGCGAGAAGGAGCUGGAGAACAUGGUGCGCAUCUUCCGCACGCGCUGGGGCUUCCCGCACUGCAUCGGUGCCCUGGACAGCCUUCACAUCCCCAUCCACCCGCCCCUGCGCCUCAGUGCUGACUACUGCAACGGCCAGGGCUGGCAUUCCAUCCUUACACAGGCCACUGUGGACGGGCUGGGCCAGUUUUGGGAUGUCUCCACCGCUUUCCCCGGCAGCAUGGAGAACAGCGCGGUACUGGAGAGCUCCAGCCUGUGGGUGCUGGCCAAGGAGGGCCGGUUGUGCCCCAACCCUCCCAAGCACUUCAUGGGGAAGGCACAGAAGUAUGUGCUGCUGGGUGAUGCCACCUAUCCCUUGCAAGACUGGAUCCUCAAGCCCUACCAGGAGGAUGAGACCCUCACUCAGCGGCAGCUGCAGUUCAACUACCGCCUGAAGCGGGCACACAGCGUGAUUGAGAACGCGUUCCUGCGCCUGAAGGCGCGCUGGCAGAUCCUCCUCAAGUGUGACGACUGCAGCCUGGAGCUGCUGCCCACCCUCGUCCUUGCCUGCUGCAUCCUGCACAAUGUCUGUGAAGCCCACGACAACCCCUUCAACCAGGAGUGGCUGGAGGGCACUGAGCCCACCGAGCUGCCCAAGCCCUGCCAGCCCGCGCCCGCCGCCAUGGAGGAUGGACGGGCCGAGCAAGUGCGGGAGCUCAUGUGCCAGUACUUCGAGAGCUGCGGGGAGGGAUGAUGGGACUGGGGAGGGAUGACAGGACCGGGCGGGAAGGAGCAGCCCUGCACAUCCCUGCUCAUGGACUUCUUCCAGCAGACGUUGGCCCAGUGGUACCGUGCUGCUCGGGAAAGGACUGUGUCCUCCCAUGUCUACUAAGGGCUGCUGGCUGCGUUGGCCAUUCCCAGGAUGGGGAAAGGGGGUGGCUGCAUUGUGCUUAUCCUGGUUUUGCCACUGGUUUCAGGCAGUGGAAUGUAUUUUGUGCCCUUUGCUGUCUUCCAGGCAU